ACGCUCUCCAUCAACAUGAAUAGACUAUCUGUGUUUUAUGGGUCUGUUAGAUCUAUUAGCAUAUCAACCUCAUCACUCCCUAUAAUUUCUACAAGAAAGACCAUUACAACCAACGAAAACAUCCAAAAUGUAAGCAAAUUGACCCAAGAUCAAUCUCAAGACAACUCGCUUGAUGCCUCGAAUCUCGUUCCAAUUGACCAGUCAGUAUUAUCUGUGGACUUACCUGCUUCUGUUCCUAUCUAUAUAAGGAGGGGAGCAUUAAUAUCGAUUUAUGGGAUCUCUACUUUGUCUACGUCCUCUUUGACACAGUCCCUUUCGUCUUGGGGAUACCAACGCCUUAUGUCCACCUCCAAAAUAUCAUUACUUUUGACAUCAAAUGCCAAUAAUUGGUUUAAAAUGUCCAACGCCACCAACAAUAAGUCGAUGUCUAUCUUGAACUUAGAUGGAACUACUGAUUGGGCACUUUUAAGCUCACCCCACUUUUACAUUGGUGAUUCUUUGAUUAUGAAAAACUUCAUACUUCCCUAUAAAAUUUCCAAAAGAUUUUCAAGAGAACUAAAAUUACCUACCAGUACCAGGACAGGGUUAUUUGGUUGGUACAAAUGGUACUUCCAGCUUGUUUCUGGUCGGGGCCAAAUUGGCGUAGUCGGGAAAGGCUCAAUCUAUAAUAUCAACCUUGUUGAAAAUGAAGAAGUCUUGGUCAACAAGGACAACUUAUUAGCAAUUACUGUAAAUGGCCCUUAUGACUUACAAAAUUGUGUCAUUAAGUAUGAAACUCCUACUUCAGAACAGACACAACCAGUGGAACCCACUUCAAAUACUACUUUCAACGACUACUUCCUACGAGUAUUGAAGUUCUUUGGCUUGUUCAAGGCUAAAUCUACAAAUUACUUGAUAGGAAAUCAAAAUUUUGUCAAAGUAAUUGGACCAAGAAACAUAUUAAUUCAAUCCGACAUUAACUACAAAGUACCUGAAUUUCCUACCGAUGACUUUGAUAAGUCUUUAAAACAAUUCAAUAAAAAAGCCAGUGACUACUUGAAUUGGGUCAAAGUUGGAUCUCAAAAUCUGUCUAUAAAAAGUACAAAAGACUUCCAAAGCUAGACACGAGUUAUACUCAUAGUAUAAUAUAAUAUACAUUCACGCUCUGACGCGGUAGGCUCAGGAUACACUAGUAAUACUAGCUAAUUUAUACAGGGUAAUGGUGAUUAUGGGGUUUACGCGUACCAUCGGCCAGUUCACUAUACCGCAAUAAACUGGUAGAAUUCAAAGUAUCAGAAUAAACAUUUCUGUUUGGGUUAGAAUUUUUGAUGAUAGGAGGCAACUUCACUUGGUGAUCCUGCUGGUGAUUCCUAUUGGUAAUCAAGUAUUCCUCUAAGGAAGGUAAUUUGAUAUCACUUUGAGGUUGGGUUGGUCCUGAACCAACCUUGGAAACACCUCCCAUAGUCAACUUUGGCCCAUUAUCCACAUGUUGAAGCUGUGAAACAUCUGGGUAUUGAUAGUAGGGUUGGUCACUAGAUGGGUAUUGUACAGGUUGGUUUUUAUGGCCAAAGAUCCGGUCACUUUGGUCUUGGGCAAAUUUGCUGAUACUAUUGAAAGGAUCAUUAUGCCUAUUGAGGGUAUAUCCACUUUUGUUUACUUUAAAGUUAUCACUUCCGUUGUCCACACUGGUUACCCCGGUGUUUUGACCGAGGUAAGUAUUUUUUCUAUCACUGAACACACCCGAAGACCGUGAUCCACUACCUCCACUGUAAGAUUCUUUAGGUCCUUUAAACAACAAACCCUUUUUUACGGGGUUUUCAAGAGUUAAGGUAGGACCAUUUCUCGAACUUCGCUUCGCAUACUUCGAUUCAAAAUCCUUCGAAUUUGCCUUGUAUGAACCAGGAUUGGCCUUAAUAGAGCUGACAUCGGACUUUGAGACAUUGUCGAAAGAGGUACUUGCAAACUCAUCAUCUCCCAUGUAUUCAUCAUCAGCCGAAUUGGAGUUCUUCAGUAAAUUGGUUCCCGAUUUUUCAAUUUGGUCAUCAGAAGACGAAACAGCCAUGGUUCCCGAAUCCGGAGAGUCAGCUGAAUCAUACUCGAUACCCGAA